AUGGAACGAUGGAAGAACAUUCCUCUUUCAAAAGAGGAGGAGGAAGGGAUUGUAGCGGCAGAGGAGGAGGCUAAUGGAGAAGAAACUUUUCGAAGAUCUCUGGCUGGAAAAUUGUGGACAGAAGGCAGUUUCAACAGCAGAGCGUUCAGAAGCACUAUGGUAUCAGCGUGGAGGCUGAAGAACCCAGUUGAAAUCCAGGAACUAAAUAAGAACCUCUUCCUGUUUAACUUUGCCACAAAGAGAGACAUGGAGUUUGUAUUGAAGAGCGGUCCCUGGAGCUUUGACAGGGCUCUGCUGGUUCUUGCAAAAAUUUCAGGAGAUGAACAACCUGCAGAUACUGACUUGCAUACAGGAGCUUUCUGGGUCAGAAUAUACGAACUACCGCUAGCUCUGAGAAUUGAAGCCAUGGCAAAAAAACUAGGAAAUAUUCUGGGCGAGUUUGUGGAGGCGGAUCCGAAGGAGGCUUACAGGAACGGGAGGUUCCUCCAUGUUAAAGUAAAGGUUGAUCUGAAGAAACCGCUGAAGAGAGGCACUAUGGUGAAGUAUAAAGAGAAAAGCCUGAGGGUGCACUUUAAGUACGAACGCUUGCCUACUUUCUGCUAUAUUUGUGGAAGGAUUGGCCAUCAGAUGAAGGAUUGUGAAGAUUUGGAGGACAUGACAGAAGAGGGAUUUGAAGACUUGGAUGAACAGGAACUGUCGUAUGGACAAUGGUUGAGAGCAUCCCCAUUACCAAAGUUGGGGGAGGAGCACAGAACAAAAGAUUCGAGCUCAGGGACACGUAGUAGGAGCCUUUUAGUGUCUCUUCAAGCCAGAGCAGAUGCGGGACAAAAGAGAAGGAGAAAAAGGAUGAUAUAG